GGCGGGAGUCGAAGAAAGGGCGGGCAGAGGAAUAUGUCGUUGGCGAUCAAGGAACUCAUGGGCAAUAAAGUCGUGCCUUUGCAGAAUGCAGAGUACCCUGUAUGUGGCGGCCGUGCUGUGGUGCGGAGACUUCCCGACGACAAGAUUUCGCUGCGAUGUCGCGGACAAAGCAGUAUCAUUGUCACACGCAAGUCUGCUACAGGCAACGCUCAACAAAAAGUCAUCAAGCCCGGCAUGACGACUGAGCUUUUGCUCAUGGAUGUCUUUUUCGCGAACGGCACGCUCGUCAAAUAUCAAGUGAUUGAUGUAUUGGCAUCAACUUCCACACUUGCUUCCUCUGCCACCGUUAAACCACUUGUCGACCCCCCUAAAGCCCUGGUCACUACCUCCAAGAAUGUCUUAGCGCCAGUGCUCAAAGUUGACCCACCGAAACCACAAUACCGUGUAGUACAAGCUGUUGGCAAAAUCGAAUCCAUUGACUUGGCGGAAGAUGAUGUAACGAGCAGCGACGGAGGUGGCAGCAAAGGUUUGAACACGACAAACAAGACAGUGAAUCUCCUCGACGAUUCCAGUGACGAAGACAUCGCUCCACGAAAGCGACUCAAGUCCGGUCGCAGCAACAUCGUCGUAUUGGAUGACGAGCCUCAAUCUAGUCAAGGUGGCGUUGAGUCGAUCGACGAAGAGGACGACGUGUACUUGCUGAAGGAAACGUCAGUCCGAACAAAGCCAAAUCCAUAUGCAUGGAUGAAUCAAUUCAAUCGCGAGAACACGAGUGUACAGUCGAAUGGGUGGAUCACAACGAAAAAAUCAGUAAAUGCUACCAACGACGACUGGAUGGAGCAGAAGAUGCGUCCGAAAAAAAAAGCCACGCAGUCCAAGGCUGCAAUUGCACGCAAUGAACGUGCCAACCGCCAAGUGCCUGUGUUUGAACAAGAUGACGACGACGAUGACGACGACGACUCAGAUGAUGGAGACAGCUACGACAAGCGCAGCAAUACCAAGCGGUCGAAACAAGACGAAGUUGCUGGCAUGCUGCAAUCGUGUGAAGCAAUUUCGAGCACGUUGCGUCUGUCAAUUGCGAAAUGGGGCCAGUCGAACACCGACGAGGAAGUUGCUCUCACGGCAAUCAAAGACGACGAACGAAUGCUGACUCAGAAAGAUAUUCCCGGCCUGAAUCCGUCGCUGGUGCUGCAGCCAUACCAAGUUGUUGGCAUCAAUUGGCUCUACUUGCUUUACCAACAUAAGGUGUCGGCAGUACUUGCCGACGAAAUGGGCCUCGGGAAAACCGUGCAAACAAUUGCAUUCCUCGCGAUGGUGUGCUCCCAGAUGAAACAACCCCAUCUGGUCAUUGUGCCUUCAUCCGUUCUGAGCAACUGGAAGCGAGAGAUCGAGCGGUUCGCACCGACGUUGCGUGUGCGUACAUUCCACGGUUCCAUUGACGAACGAAACUUGAUCAUGGACGAGCUACAACCCGGCACAUUUGAUAUUCUCCUGACCACAUACACGUACUUUGAGCGCGACAGUGCGUCGGAGGAUCGCAAGUUUCUGCGCAGUUUCAGCUACGGGUACUUGGUUUUGGAUGAAGGACACACGAUCAAGAACUCCAACACGUCGCGGUUCAAGCGAAUAUCGGCCUUGAAGACCCGUAACCGACUCGUAUUGAGCGGAACACCGAUCCAAAACAACUUAAGCGAAUUGCUGGCACUGCUGAGCUUUCUCAUGCCAACGAUAUUUAACCAUGGAUCCGAUGAGCUACUGGAAUUCUUUGGUGGUGAAGAAAAAACGUCAUGCUCGAAGAUUCGACGAAUUCUUGCUCCGUUCAUCCUGCGCCGUUUAAAGAAGCUCGUGUUGGCACAAAUGGUCCCGAAGACUGAAGUUGUCCAGAACGUCAAGAUGAAUGCCCAUCAACUGGCGGUGUACAACAAAGUUAUCGAAACAACGCUGCUGCGAAAAGAGGCCAAGAAAGGUGUCUCUAGUGCGUCGGACAGUACCACACAGAGAACCAAACCGUCCCGAGAAAUGAAGCUCCUCAUGGGUCGUGCGCCAUCAACCAUUGUGCCUGGCAAGGGUAAAAACGAUCCAACGUCCGACAGCAACGUGUUUACGCUGCUUCGGAAAGCCGCCAAUCACCCAGUGCUUUUGAGACAGCACUACGAAUCGCCGACCGUGAUGGAAGUCUUUGCACGGCAUCUGUACCGAAAUGGCGAAUUUGGCACUGAGUGCUCCUUGGACAUGGUGAAGAAUGAGAUCGAAGGUUACUCUGACUUUGAGUUGCAUCAACUGUGUCUUGAGUACGCGCAUAUUCCUGAAAUGCUGGCACUUCAAUUGCCGUCCGAUAAAUUGCUUGACUCUGGCAAGUUUGACCUGCUGCGCGAGCUGCUACCCAAGCUCAAGGCCGAGAAGCAUCGUGUGCUGAUCUUUUCGCAGUGGACGAAGAUGCUCGAUUUGCUCGAAACUUUCUUGAUUCACACGAACCAUCGGUACACUCGCUUGGACGGAAGCACAGACAUCGAAUCGCGACAGUCUCUCAUCGACGAGUACAACGACGACCCCAAUAUCUUUUGCUUCCUCCUCAGUACCCGUGCUGGCGGCAUGGGCAUCAACUUGACCGCCGCCGAUACCGUGAUCCUCCAUGACUUAGAUUUCAACCCUACUAUCGAUGCCCAAGCCAUGGAUCGGUGUCACCGCAUCGGCCAAACCAAGCCCGUGACAGUGUACAAAUUGGUUACCGAAGAGUCCGUAGAUAAGUCCAUCUUCGACAUUGCGUGUCGAAAAACUCAGCUCAACGAGACCGUGCUGGGCAACUUGGGCAAAAAAUCGCGCGACACUCAAACCGCCGACAUCCAAGCGAUCCUGACAUCGGUGCUCUCGUCGUACCAACCAACUCCUGCUGUCUAAGACAAAGUUCCAACACAUGUCGAUUUCCAUUACCGCUCUG